GUUUUGGCCCCAAAAGAGAUGAGUAUAAAUUGCACUCUCAAAUUAUUCGGAACCCUAACUCCCAUUACCACCGCGACCAGCCACAGCAGAGAGCAGAUCGGCGGACUGACGGCGGCGGAGGAGGCCAGUAACCAUGGUGCACGUCUCGUUUUACCGCAAUUAUGGGAAGACAUUCAAGAAGCCUCGUCGUCCUUAUGAGAAGGAGCGACUCGAUGCUGAGCUAAAGCUUGUUGGAGAGUAUGGUUUGAGGUGCAAAAGGGAGCUAUGGAGGGUUCAGUAUGCCUUGAGCCGCAUUAGGAAUAAUGCUAGAAACCUUUUGACCCUUGAUGAAAAGGAUCCCCGUCGUAUUUUCGAGGGUGAGGCCCUUCUGAGGAGGAUGAACAGGUAUGGUCUGCUGGAUGAGAGCCAGAACAAGCUCGAUUAUGUCCUGUCCCUCACUGUGGAGAACUUCCUCGAGCGUCGCCUCCAAACUUUAGUGUUCAAGGCUGGCAUGGCCAAGUCUAUUCACCAUGCUAGAGUGCUGAUCAGGCAAAGACACAUUAGGUAUUAAUGAUAGAUGAUCCCUUGUUAUCAAUUAUUAAUGAUAGAUGAUCCCUUGCUGUCAUUUUUAUAUGAUGAUUAUCCCUUGCUAUCAAUUAUUAAUGAUAGAUGAUACUUGCUAAUUUUAUCUAAUGAUUGUAGAUUAAAUUAUAUACUUCUCCAUUGUUGCUAUCUUGAAUUCUAUAUGAUAAUUGUAUACAAAAUUAUAUACUUCUCCUAGGGUCAGUAGACAGCUUGAAUUUUUAUGAUGAUUGUAGACUAAAUUAUGUACUUCCCCAGUGUUGCUAUCUUGAAUUUUAUAUGAUGAUUGUAGACUAAAUUAUGUACUUCUCCAGGGUUGGGAGACAGGUUGUGAAUGUUCCAUCUUUCCUUGUGAGAGUUGAUUCCCAGAAGCACAUUGACUUCUCUCUCACAAGCCCCUUCGGUGGUGGUCGCCCUGGUAGAGUGAAGCGAAAGAACCAGAAGGCAGCUGCGAAGAAGGCUUCUGGUGGUGACGGAGACGAGGAUGAUGAAGAGUGAGUCUUAGUUUAUAAUGUUACUUGUUGGGAGCAGGAUUAUGAGUCUUUCUCUACUACUUCUACUACUUUACAAUAUCAGUGGAUUAUGAGUGGUUUUGUUGAGAUAUUAAUAGUUAGGAUGAAGUUGUUUCUUUGAGAAUGGAUGUUAAAUGAUGUUAAAUGGAUGAAUUUGUGUUUUUUUUUGACAAUGCAUGUUAAAUUUUGACAA